CACUAAGAAACUAUUCUAAUUUAAGUAGACACAUUAUGAUUCAUACUUGUGAGAAGCCAUAUAAAUGUGAUGUUUGUAAUAAAUCAUUCAGUCAGAAGAUCAAUUUUACUUCACACACCAGAAUCCAUACUGGUGAAAAACCCUUUUCUUGUGAUGUUUGUAGUAAAUCAUUUACCAGUAGUAGUGGUCUACUACACCACACCAGAACCCAUUCUGUAGCUAAACCAUAUAAAUGUGAUAUUUGUGGUAAAUUACUAAAAAACUCUACUGGUUUAAAUAGUCACAUGAUGAUUCAUACUGGUGAGAAGCCAUAUAAAUGUGAUGUUUGUAGAAAAUCAUUUACUAUUAGUACAAGUCUGUAUGCACACAAAAGAAUUCAUACCGGUGAAAAAUCCUUUUCUUGCGAUGUUUGUAGAAAAUUGUUUUCCACUAGCACUUUUUUACGUGUACACACCAGAACCCAUACCGGCGAAAAACCCUUUUCUUGUGAUGUUUGCAGUAAAUCAUUUUCCACUAGUAGUAGUCUACAACGACACACCAGAAUUCAUACUGGUGAAAAACCCUUUUCUUGUGAUGUUUGUGGAAAAUCAUUUACCACUGGCAGUGAUUUACACAAACACAUCAGAACCCAUACCGGGGAAAAACCCUUUUCUUGUGAUGUUUGUAGAAAAUCAUUUAAACAGAGUAGUUAUCUUAAUAAACAUAAAAGAAUUCAUACUAGAGAAUAAGAUACUAGUGAAAAAACCUAUUAAAUAUUGUAGUCAUAGCAACUCAAAAACUCAUAAUGGAGAAAAAGAUGUUUUUGUGAUUCUUGGAGUUGUUCAUUUACUACCAAAAAUAUUCAACAUGAAAUGUUCUAUUCUGCAGUGACUGAGCUAAUAAAGACUAUUCUGUACCAACUGGGCUAAUGAAGACUACCCUGCACCGACUGGGCUAUUGAAGACUAUUCUCUACCGACUGGGCUAAUGAAGACUGCCCUGCACUGACUGGGCUAAUGAAGACUAUUCUGUACCGACUGGGCUAAUGAAGACUGCCCUGCACCGACUGGGCUAAUGAAGACUAUUCUCUACUGACUGGGCUAAUGAAGACUACCCUGCACCGACUGGGAUAAUGAAGAUGGGUAUUCAACUAUAACUCAUAUGAAAGGAAAUCCAUUUUGUUUUGAUGUUUAUGAUAAAUCAUUUAUAGCCAAUAGAAGUUUUAUAAACAGAUAAAAUUCAUCAGAAUAUAAAGAAGAUUAUUUAUUUAUCUCCUUCUACUAGAGGAUUAUUUCUAUAAAAUAAAUUUGAAUAUGAUUUAUUUUAGCACCAAUAACAAUUAAAUUU